AAUUUGUUUUGUAUUCGUUUACUCCACCCCACCAUAUACCCGCUGCUUCACUCUGUUUCAUAAGAAGUUGGUGCAUAAUUGGUUUAGAGGUUUUGUAUGUUUAUGAAGAGGAAUAUUAUAUAGCUAGUCAGUUUGCAGAAAGGGCGGUGGUGCAUGCGGGGAGGACUCCAUGUAGGCAAAUCUUGGAUUUUUGUUAAUCUGCGCAAUUAAAGGGUGUAAGAAUCUCCAUUGUCUCAUGCUGUUAAAUUAUUGUUUAGCAAACCUUUGUGCAAAACAGCGAUCAAAUUCCCUUUUCAACCACGUCUGUGGAGAAUAGUGUGGAUUUCGUGACAUUCUGUUUUUCAAACCUGCUUAGUGGGAGUGUGUGUUCCUCCUCCUCAUUCAGUUCAGGAUGUUUGAUCACUUUUUUCAUGCUUUGAAGAGACCCUGUCUUUCUGGGAGGAGCUGAUCUGACCGAGUCAGGCUGACUUUUAAAGCAGACCGCUUGUGAUUCUUCCUCUCCCCCCUUUUUUUGGUUGUAUCACCACUCUUUUUUAAGCAGGAGCACCGGUAUGCUCAAGUUGCCUACUGCAUAGUUUUGUUUGCUGCAUAUUUGGGUGCGUCAUGUGCCUUGACUCGGGUAGGGAAACAGAGAAAUGAUUCCCCUGUGAAAGUGAAAGCCUUGAUAUACAAACAAGUACAAAAAAAGGAUUCCUCCCCCCCUGCAUCUGAAUAGGGGGCAGGGGUUGUUUGUUACCAUGGAAGAAAAGGUAUCUGAUGGAGAGCCUGAAAAUGAAAUUGUGUGCAAAAUUUCAGUAUUUUGCAUCUUUCUUGGUGUGUACCGUGCAGAUGCAUUUCCAGUGGCUUCAUACUCCACCCUGAUUUAUUCUUGAUGCAGUGAAAUGCUUUGCAAUGGGGGUACCCCUCAGUCUUUAAUAGGCCUGGGGUUUAUUGUUGCUGGUUUCAGAUGCAAGGAGUGCAGCUGUGCUUUGUCUCCAAUGCAUUUUAAUGAAAUCUUUUGUGGGAUAGGGUAUGCAUUGGGGGAACGGGUGGCUACUCCAUCUUUGAGGCAAACAAAGGAAGCACAACCAAGCACACAGAGGGAGGGAGGGAGAGAGGGAGGGAAAAAAGAAGCUUGGCAGAUACAAUGUUUUCUAAGUCUACCUGUUUAGCAGGCUUAUAAUUUCCCAGAAUGUUUCAGUUUUUGUUGGGAUUUACAAAUCAUCUUUUGGUUGAACCAUUUCUUUGACUUACUAAUUUCUUCAUUUUAAAACAUUCUUAUAAAAUUGAAAAUCAUUAAUUCUUGUUGUGGUGUAUGAAGCAUAUUUCGCUACCUGUGACCCUAAAUAAAGGAGCUAUCCUUAACCAAAGAAGCCAUUUUUUUCCUUGUCAGAAAAACCAUUUAUUCCUUUAUUCAUUCAUUUAUUUUUGUUCCUUCUUGAGUCAGACAUUUUUCUGUUAAGGUUUGAUAUCCUGAGGAUCCCAGUCCAGACACUUGGGACUAAUCAUAGAAUAGAGUAGACAUAGACAAUACCUUACUUCGCACUUCUCCAUUUUGUAGAAUAAUGAAUUAUUUGCUUUUAACAUUGUUUAUUUUAUUUAAUAUCUCAAGUUAAACCCAUUGGGAACCAAUCCUUUUAAUAUUUAAACCAGUUAUCAUAAUAAUACAGCCCUAAGGAGCUUAGGUAGGCAGGUGCCAAGAGCAAUAUUGUGCAGUAGCCAUAUAAAAAUGGUGCAUUUUCUUCUCUUUUGGGGUGACCUACAUUAGCUAAAUCCUAUGAUACUGUUUUCUUUUGUGCUACUGCACCUGACUGCAGCAGUUUUGCUUCUCUGGGGUUCUGUGCAGAAUGGCCACACCUACCUUGGUAUUCAGCAUAUCCAAUGCUUUCUUUGAAACAGCAGGAAGUCCAGCUGCAUCAGGGGGCUUGGUCACCAACCCUUAUGUUUGGAGCUCGUAUGUUGGCCAUCUCUGGUACAUGCCCACUGCUCUGUGGAAUCUUUUGCUCUGUGAAUCUAGUUUUUGCAAUUUUACUGUGGUUCUUUUAUUGAUGCUGUUUUACAUUGCUUUAUGUGCUAUGACUGAUUGAAAAUGUUGGGUUAGAAACACUGAAAAUAAAUAGACUUUCUGAGAAGAUGAUACUAUGCUUUUUAGAAUUAUCUCUCAUUCUCAGCAGCACUGUGUUGAAUUAUGUUAUUUUAAAAAACAGUUUCUGAUCAUGUAAGCUGGAAAAUGGCUUUUUCCUGUGUACCCUGAUAUUGUUAUAUACUUAGCGGUUAUGUACAACAUAUUGACUGCAUGAUCCAGUAAUAGAAAAGUAAUGGAAAAUUGCACAUUUGUGGGAGUAUUCCUUCAUCAACAUUCAAGAUGUAAUUCCUCUGCAGACCAGGCACUCAGAAAUUGCUUUAUUAGGUGUGAUGCAGCACCCACUUCUCAAAAGGAUCUGUCCCCCCUGCAAUCUGUAGGGUGUGUCUCUUGAUCCCAUUGUACACUUCAGCAUGCAACUAGAAGUAAAUGGGAAAGGAUGUCGGGUGGCUCCUAAUCAAUAUGCUCAGGGCAUUAAUUGCCAAAUGUGAACAAUGCUGGCUGUGCACAGCCCAAUUUUUUUCUGAUUUGGCAGGUUGACGACCACGUGAUUGCAGCACUGUGGGAAAAACACCUGAUACCCAGAAAAUGCAUUCUAAGGUAGAAGAACAAUGAUCAGCUGGGUCAUUAACUAAAGUCCCAUUGUUGUCAUUGCUGGUAAUAAAUGCCACUGCUGGCAGUCAGUGUUGGUAUAAAGUAAAGGUAUACUUCCACAGGUAGUAUAGCCUGAUUAUAUGUGUGAAGCUUUUACCUAAAGGCAAGCAUUGCUAUUUAUGAUUGUCCAUUAUGACUAAGGCAAAAUCUUGGGGAAUAAAAGUGUUAUUUGAUUGACUCUCAAGCACACUAAGACACACUUCAAAGCCUGUGCAAAAUUUUGAUCUUGUUUAUUGUUGAAAAGCAAUUUGAUGAAAUGCAGAUGGGAGAGACACUGUUUCAUGCUGGCAUUUCUGAGCAGCGGCUGUACUUCCGACAUGUUCUGUGGACUCUGUCACUGUGGUUAUAUGAACGGUAUGGCUCCUCUACAUCUGUAAUGAGGAAGACAGUGAAGUGGCUGCACAGGAGGAGUUGAAUAGAAGGAGCUAGCCUGAGCCUGUUACCUGAGCCUGUGAUUAUCUAUGGUGAUGGCAAUAUUGAAGAUUUGAUGGGGAAAAUCCGGCACUUUUAGAGUGAUCGUCUUCUUAUUAAAGGGGGGAGAAUAGUCAAUGAUGACCAGUCAUUCUAUGCUGACAUUUACAUGGAAGAUGGUCUUAUAAAGCAGAUAGGAGACAACUUGAUAGUCCCUGGAGGAGUGAAGACCAUAGAAGCCAAUGGGAGGAUGGUUAUCCCUGGAGGAAUUGAUGUGCACACUCACUUGCAGAUGCCAUACAAGGGAAUGACAGCAGUGGACGACUUCUUCCAAGGGACAAAAGCAGCUCUGGCAGGUGGAACCACCAUGAUCAUUGAUCAUGUUGUGCCAGAGCCAGAUUCCAGCCUGAUAGAAGCCUAUGAGAAGUGGCGAGAAUGGGGUGAUGGGAAGGCUUGCUGUGACUACUCCCUACAUGUGGACAUCACCCAGUGGAAUGAUAGUGUCAAACAGGAAGUGCAGACACUCAUCAAAGAAAAAGGGGUGAAUUCUUUCAUGGUCUAUAUGGCCUAUAAGGAUUUGUACCAGAUGUCAAAUACAGAGCUGUAUGAAAUAUUUAGUUUCUUGGGAGAUCUUGGUGCUAUAGCUCAAGUUCAUGCUGAGAAUGGAGAUAUCAUUGCACAGGAGCAAGCUAGAAUGCUGGAAAUGGGAAUAACUGGUCCAGAAGGCCAUGUGCUGAGUAGGCCAGAAGAGCUGGAGGCUGAAGCUGUCUUUCGUGCAAUCACCAUUGCUAGCCAAACCAACUGCCCCUUGUAUGUGACCAAAGUGAUGAGCAAGAGUGCUGCUGAUCUGAUUUCACAAGCCAGGAAAAAGGGCAACGUAGUGUUUGGUGAGCCAAUCACAGCCAGCCUGGGAACCGAUGGAACACACUACUGGAGCAAGAACUGGGCAAAGGCUGCUGCAUUUGUGACUUCUCCGCCUCUAAGUCCAGAUCCCACCACCCCUGAUUAUAUCAACUCACUGUUAGCCAGCGGGGACCUCCAUGUUUCAGGGAGUGCACAUUGUACAUUCAGUACAGCGCAAAAAGCAAUUGGGAAAGACAACUUCACUGCAAUCCCAGAGGGAACUAAUGGUAUCGAGGAACGGAUGUCUGUUAUCUGGGACAAGUCGGUGGCUACAGGGAAGAUGGAUGAAAACCAGUUUGUGGCUGUGACAAGCACCAAUGCUGCCAAGAUCUUUAACAUGUACCCAAGGAAGGGGAGAAUUGCUGUGGGAUCAGAUAGUGACCUGGUCAUAUGGGAUCCUGAUGCAGUGAAAAUUGUAUCUGCUAAAAGCCACCAGUCAGCAGCAGAAUACAACAUCUUCGAAGGAAUGGAGCUGCGUGGAGCCCCACUGGUUGUCAUAUGCCAGGGGAAGAUAAUGCUGGAGGAUGGCAAUCUUCAUGUGACCCAGGGGACAGGACGUUUCAUUCCUGGUACCCCUUUCUCGGACUACGUCUACAAACGUAUCAAAGCCAGGAGGAAGAUGGCUGAAAUGCAUGCUGUGCCAAGGGGCCUGUAUGAUGGCCCUGUGUUUGACUUGACCACCACACCUAAAGGGGGCACCCCUGCAGGCUCUACUCGAGGAUCCCCUACCAGGCAGACGCCCCCAGUAAGGAAUCUCCACCAGUCUGGUUUUAGCUUAUCUGGUACCCAGGUUGACGAAGGUGUUCGCUCUGCAAGCAAGCGCAUAGUAGCACCCCCAGGAGGCCGUUCCAAUAUCACAUCUCUGAGUUAAGCACCCAAUAAUCAGGGAGGGGAAGGGGAAACUGGUAUUUGAGAAAACUAAGCAAUGGUACCUUGAUAUUUAAAAAGGAAAGAGCAAAGGAGAAGAAUCCAGAGUUUGAAAAAUCAAUAAGCCUCAAGCCUUAUGUUUCAUAAAUGCUACUCGCUACCUAGCUUUAAAAAAUAUUGCGGGUUUUCUUUUUUGUUUAUUCAUAGCCUUAAUACUCCCAUUUUUUUACAUGCAUGCAAAUCUGACAGGUGACUAAGUUAAGAGUAUGUAAUUGUACAUGGUGAGUGCUUGUGUGAUGACACAUUGUAAGAAGGGGAAUGAAGGAAGGUGGGAAACUAACGACAUGAGCAAGCUGUUUAGUCAGGUUACUUGGCGGACUCAACCAAGGAGUUUAGUUUUGGGAAAGGGAGGGCAGACGUUGGUGGGGCAGGGUAGUGGGAGGUGGAUGGGGGGACCAAGUAGAUCUGUGUAUCGUGUUCAUGUUCUUCUGUUUCCACACAAUGCUGACCAGUCAUAGCUGCCUCAGCACUACAUGAGGCCCUUGGAAAGCUCAGCCAUCUUUGGAAUGGCUCUGUUGUCGCCUCUUCCUGUUAGAGAUUUUAUUACUUCGUACAUUUUAUUGAAUAAAAAAGUGAAAGGCAUGUUCUUUCUAACUGA